UCCGUAUUUCAAUUUGAUUUUACGAAAUGUACGGAUAAAAAUAUUUCUUCUUUCUCUGCUGUGCUUGUAUACAUUCAAAGACACGCAAUUGCUAUCUUUUUCUCGCUUGGACCGCAUCCAAAUAUAAAAUAUUGGGAUAUACACCAGUAGAAGCAUUUUAAAUCACCGAUAAUUUAAAACUCUCAGUGUUCUCUAUCUAUUACAUCGACAUGCUCUCGCUCGUUAAAAAAGUAUAAAAUUUCAACGAAGCUCGCCAUCCGGAAAUUCGGAGCGCAAUCCGCAAAAAAGUUGUCGAACGCGUAGCCCCAAGUCUGUAGCGCAAACAUGACGUAUGUCAAACGAAACACUCGCUGUAAACACACAAGUGCAUCACAGGCUCAUCGAAUGAAAAAGCCGCAACCGAGUAAACAUCCCUUUUUCGCUAAAUUGACGGCGCACCAAAGCAAAGCGGCGCGCAUGUACACGCAUUCGACGGGCCGCGCAAUAGCACCCGCAUAUCGCCCAUUUCCAUGCUAACGGAAUAUUUAUCGGCGCGCAAUUUCGAGCGGAAUAUUCGAGCCGCGUGUGCUGCAGGCAAAUGUAUACGGCUGUCGAAAGGGCUUGGCAGACGCUGGAGACCCAAGGAGCAGCUCGCCUACACCUCUCCGCAUGGCAGCAGUUCUGGCGGCCACUCAUCUCGUCUGUGCGUACGCUCGCACCCAGCCGACCUCCCAGCAGGGAGUAUACACGCGCACUCACACAGCCGCACAUGCUCGCAGCGAGUAAGAGCUCCGAACGCGCAGGAGAGAAAGAGCGAGACAGAAGCGCCGCCGCUCGUAGCCCUUCGACAACUCGGCUGGCACACAGUUCGCCGGUGGCGGCGUCAGUCGCGCGCGGAGCGUCGUCAUGGCCGCCUGCUCGGCCGGUGCCCUCAGCGAGAACAAUAAUCCGGCCAGCAACAAUUGCAACAAACUGCUGCAGAUGAGCGGCAGCGCGAGCGCGAACCAGGCCCAGAAGCCCUGGCAGCAGCGUCUGCUGGGCAAGCACCUGGUGCGCUGCGGCCCGGCGGUCAAGGACAAGCUGCCGACGAGCGAGGUAACCCAGAGCUGCGAAGUCCUCGGGCUGUACUUCAGCUUCGUCGACCCGGGGGCGAGCUGCGACGACUUCACCCGGCACCUCGUCGACCUCUACAACAGCGUCAACGGAGGCAGCAGCAAUGGGGCGAACGACGCCGCGGCCGCCGGCUGCAAGAAGAGGCUCGAGGUGAUCCACGUGCUGCUCUGGAGCAACGUCCAGGACGUGAUCGACCUCGACGAGAGCUUCAGGAAUCACGUGGCCGAGCUACCCUGGCUCGCCGUGCCCAGCGACGACUACGAGAGAAAGACGCGGCUGACGCGAAGGUACCGGAUAAAGGCCGGCGUGCCGACGCUGAUCCUCCUGGAAAGCGUCAACGGCACGGUGCUCACUCGCGGCGGCGUCGAGCGUGCCUUGGCCGACCCGACGGGACAAAGCUUCCCUUGGAAACCACCGCAUCCGAAGGCCACCCUCGAGGACGGACCUCUGCUGCCGUGUGGUGGCCGCGACAGCAACGAGCCGAUGCUGCACGAGGAGCUGCGCCACUGCUACAAGGGCGUCUACUUCAGCGCGCACUGGUGUCCACCGUGCAAGGCCUUCACGCCCCAGCUGAUCGAUACGUACCAGCGGAUCCGCGAGAGGGGCCACGACUUCGAAGUCAUAUUCGUCAGCUCGGAUAGGAGCGAGGAGUCCUACAAAACGUACACGGACACGAUGCCCUGGCUGAGGAUACCCUUCGCCCAGGAGGAGAGGCGGCAGAAGCUCGCGAGAGCACUCGACGUCCAGGCGAUCCCCACUCUGGUCAUCCUCGACCCCCGCGACAACAUAAUCACGCUCGAGGGUCGCACCGAAGUCCUCGAAGAUCCGGAGGGUCUAAACUUCCCGUGGACGAGCCGGCUGGUGAACAUCCUGACGGAGAAGUACGCGACGUCUCUGCACGACGCCCCGGCCAUUAUUCUCUUUGUCGAGGGCGAAGACUGCGAGAUCCAAUUCGGCGAGAGCGUCCUUCUGCCCGCGGCUGAGAUGUACAGAAGGGACCGACCCGACUACGACCCCAACUACGACGAUCCCGACGACACGCUGCAGUUUUACAUCGCGCUGGACUGCGAGACCUCGGACAUACUGCGCGAAUUCGUGGGCCUGGACGACGCCGUGCCGCUGUUGACUGCGAUCGACAUACCCCGAGGGGUGUACGCGGUCAUGGAGGACGGCGCCGAGAUAACCGUCGAUUCGGUUCAGCAGUUCGUCGACGGCUACAGGAACGACAAGCUGCCGACCAACAAAAUCGCCGCCGUUCACAAGACCGUCAAGCCCGAGUGAGCGCGCUGCACAUCGCGUUCAUUCCGCGAGAGUUGACUCGACUAUAGACAUAUAUGUACACGUGAAAUCCCGAGUGGAGAUUCUGCAUGCGGCAAUUCCUCGAGUCAAUGUGCUGGAAUAGCUUCUUUCGUGCGAUGAAGUGGGCUUGGGUGAAAUUUGGAAUUUUUGCGUAUACUUAUAUGGAGUUCUAAAGAUAAAACGACACUCGUAACUAGUUUUUUUUUUUUGCACGGUGUAUCGCGCGAAAGAAGCGAGAUUCUCAUGAGGCAGAUAAUAAACGGAAAGCAAAAGAGAAAAUUCGUAUCAAAAGUAAUCCUCAAAAAACGUAUGUAAUAUAGUCAGGAGGUCCUUUAGCAAUGUGCGUAGUUAUUCAUUUUUUUCCUUUUCAUAUUAAAAGCACGACUUAUUGAACGAGUGUUAAUGAAAGACGUUCAUAAACACGCGUUUAAACGUACUUAAUGACACAUGCAUAUAGAAUCAGACUCAUCGUAAUCCUUCAUUGACUGACGAAAAUACCGACAACUUCAAGUUCAAAGUAACACUGUAAGUUAAGUGAUGUUGUGAAAAAUUCAGAUGAUUAUACAAAGUCUGCCUUUAGGAUAAUAAUCGGUGUAUUAUUCUUAUUUUUAUGUCCGAAACUACAUUUCAAUUCUUAUCAAAGCCACUAUGUAUCCACGUUUAAAAUUUAAUUACUUUUUGCUUAAAUUCAGUAUCUCGUCAAGUACGAAUUGAAAAAAUAUCUUAUACGUUUCCACUGUUUCUUCAGAAUUCCAAGAUUUAUUGCAUAAGAGUAAAGUAAGAAAUAUUUAUGAAAGUCUAGAUAUUUUUGGGAAAUCCAAACUAAUAAAAAAUAAACAAAUUUAUAUAUUUGUUAAUAAAGAGCAGUCAUGUAGUAAUAAGGUAGAUAACUGAAAAAUUAAUGCGGCAUAGCUAUCCGAAGGGCCGAGCAGUUAAAAUAAGCGCAAAUACGAAAAUCUUAGCUGCCAUCCUGAUAUCCUGGGCCUCGUCUGAAUUAAGUUCGAAUAAAAUCAUUGCUUUGUUUACGCACGAAAAGACUUACGGGCGAGUUUUGGUAUAAUUAUGAUAGGUGUACUUCAUAUUAUACUUCAUUUUACUUUUAAGUAAUCAGUAUAAAUAGUUUGAUAUGUAAGUUUUUUUUAUAUAGGUAAAAUAAACAUAUUCGUCGAUAAUAACAUAAUUGAAUUUUAUUUUACCUUAAGUAAUGAUACCUUACAUAAUUGAUUCAGUCAGUACGAAAAAAUAACAUCACGCUGUGACGCAUUGAAUUUUAUGCGGUACGAUUUGCUUAGCAACAUAAUUAUAACAAUGAUAUAUACAACAUUAUGAUUCGAUUAUUUUGACUGCGCCACAGGGUAGAAAACAUUUUUUUUAUAUCAUAUAAGAUUCUUACCGAGGGAUCCACGUUUUCGUUUGAUGCAGGCGCAUUAAAGGUGAUUUUAAAAUUGCAUUUAAUUCAAACUGGUAAAAAGUGAAGUUGCAAAAGUGCAAGUAGUUUCUGCUUCAUAGAUUAAAAAAAAAA